AUGGCCUUUGCAUCAGAGAAGAAUUCCUCACUAGAUGUUACUGACAGUGGAUCAUUUGAUCAGUCCUCCACGCACACAGCGAGCGAGCAGAUUGUUAGAACAAGCAAAAUGACUGAAGAUGAAGCUGAGGACUUGAUAACUGUUGUGCUGCUGCCAGAUUCUGAUCCCAGAACAUUUGAGAGCAGGGUGCCUCAGAAGAGUUUGACGCAACACAUCCAGUUACUGCAGAGUGAAAAAUCCAGAGCUGCCAGCUUCACUGUGCAGCUGUUCCAGAUGCUGAACCACUCAGUGGCAUCUUUACACUGCAAGCUCAGUAUCUGCCUGAAUGACCACGCAGAGCGUGAGCAGAUUUCAGACUUUGGGUUGUCUAGAUGGAUAGAGCAGUCGAGCCGGAUGCAGUACAUGGAGAGAUCAGCCUUGAGGGGCACCCUGAGCUACAUCCCGCCCGAAAUGUUUCUCCAAAGCACCAGGCCUCCAGGAACUGAAUACGAUGUGUAUAGCUUCGGGAUUGUCAUUUGGGAAGUUCUUAUGCAGAAGAAGCCAUAUUCAGGAGCCAACAUGAUGGCCGUUGUAGUCGGGACUUCAGCAGGCAGGUGGCCCUGCCUAGAGUCCAUCUGUGAUGAGUGGCGGAAAUGCCAGCAGAUGGUUGACUUGCUGAAGAAGUGCUGGGAUCAAGACCCCAAGAAAAGGCCACACUUCACAGAUAUCCCUGUGGAAACUGACAUGCUCCUGCCAUUAAUGCAAAGCCUUGUGGUGGAUCUGGAGAAUGAGUGCCUCGUCAGGAAGAUGUCUCACAAGCCCACCAGAUCUGGGAGACAAAAAAGACUGAUCUCGAUGUUCCCCACCAGCGAGGUCGAAGGCCUGGAGAGCUUCAUAAUAUCCAAGGAAGUCCGUAGGUCCCAGGAAAAUGGCCUCACCCUGCUUCACCUCGUGGUGAUUCAAGGAAAUGUGGAGAAGGUGAAGUUUCUAUUGAGUCAGGAGGCCAACAUGGACAUCCAGCUGGUCUGUGGCUACACCCCACUCAUUGUGGCUGUCCAGAAAAGGUCACCAGAGAUCUGCUCAGUUCUAAUAGAGCACAGUGUGGAUGUCAACAUGGCUGACAAAGACAGCUGUUCCCCUCUUCACUUUGCUGCUCAGAAUGGGGAUGACAGGAUUGUGCGCCUCUUGCUGGACCACCAGGCACAGGCAGACUCCCAAGAACGUGAAGGAUGGACUCCACUUCACUUGGCAUCUCAGAAAAACUUCAAGAACGUGGCCCAGGUGCUGUUUUCCCAUCAGGCUGACCCCAACUGCCAGGAGAACAUUGAGAGAAUUGCCCUUCACAUGGUAGUUUGCUUCGGGCACAUCAGCCUUGUGAAACUCCUAGCUAGCCAAGGAGCUGACCUAGAGAGGAAGCAGAAGAACCACCAGACCCCACUGCACUUUGCUGUAGAGAAGGGUAAGUUCAGGGUAGUCCAAUACCUCCUGAACAGUGGAGCAUCUGUCAGCUGUCUGGAUGAGAAUCACUACAGUGCCUUGCACAUGGCUGCGGUGAAGGGGAAAUAUCUGAUAGGUGAGAAAUUGAUCAAAUACAGGGCUAAUGUGGACUUGAGGACGGACAAAGGGUGGACCCCCCUUACACCUGGCUUGUUUUAAGGCCACAUCGAAAUCAUCUGCCUGCUAAGAGACAACCACGCUAAACUGAAUGUCAAAGGAGGCAUGGAUUGGACAUCUCUUCACAUGGCCACCCGCUAUAGCGAAGAGUCUGUGGUCUGCGAGCUCCUGAGAAGCGAGGUAGACCCCAACAUUGCCGAGAAAUCAGACUGGACCCCUCUGCACCUCACUUUCCAGCGGGGUGCCUUCCUGAGCAUCAUCAACCUUCUGGAGCACAAAGCAGACAUCAUUGUUAAGAACAAGGUGGGUUGGACUCCCCUGCGCCUCACUGUCCUCAGUGGCAACGUGGCUAUCAUAAAGACCUUAAUCAAUGCUGGUGCUGUGCUGCAUGUGGAGGACAUGACUGUCUGCACACCCCUCCAGCUGGCCAUUAGGAAUCAAAAGCAAAGCAUUGCUACCUUACUGCAAGGAAAGGACUUGCCAGUGAAUAACAUGAAGGCCACUGAUGUGCUAGAUGACAACAGAUUUGUCGCAAUGCCCACAAAUAUCUGA